AUGCCGUCCAACAAACAGUCUGGGCGCAUCGAAAAGGUGCGCAAGCACAGGCUCGGCGGCAACCACCUCAAGAACCACCGCUGGGAGUCCUUCUCGACCAAGAUCGCAAGGCUCAACUCGCUGCAACAUUUGCGCAAAGUCCGCCGCCAUGACCUCGACACCGAAGACCUGUCGACGUCGACAUCCUACUUCCAGAAUGGGCUGCAGAAAUGGAGCGAGCUCAACCUGUCGAAGCCGUUUUGCUCCUUCAAGUCUGCGGUUCUGCCCCUGUCCGAGAGCCUGCCGCAGAUCCUCCACUACGAAGAGAGGAUUAUGCAGUUGCUGGCCCAGUAUAUAUCUCUGCACGACAAGGAUGCCCUCGAGCCGCUGCUCGAUCUUCUGACGGCGCUUGCGCAUGACUUGGGCGUGCGCUUCGAGAAACACUUUCCCCGCAGUCUGGGCCUGCUCCUGGCUAUCGUCCAGAAACCCCAGGAGGUCGAGGUCAUUGAGUGGACGUUUGGCGCCAUGGCAUUUCUCUUCAAAUAUCUCUCCAAACUCCUAGUACCCGACUUGAAGCCGACAUUUGACGUCCUGACGCCGCUCCUCGGCAAGUCCCGACAGCCUCCGCACAUUGCGCGAUUCGCCGCCGAAGCCAUGAGCUUCCUCGUUCGCAAGGCUGCCGCUCCGUCUCACCGCGAGGCGGCGCUCGUUUCGUUUGUCGAGCACGUCAGAAAUGACCUGCCGAGUGCGGCAGAAACCCGUCAGUUUACUCUGUACAAGGACGGUCUAAUGACCAUGUUCGCCGAGGCAGUCAAGGGGACCGACAUGACCAUCCAUUCAGCUGGCGGCGCAAUCAUCUCCGCCCUCAUAGACGCCAUCCCCGAGGAGGAAUACACGUUAAACCGAGACUCUCAUUGGCUCGACCUUGUCUGUGGAGUUCUCACCAGCACCAUCCACUACGUAACUGCGGAUACCAUCGAGAGUUUGGCGGAGGAAGUCUUCGAUAAAAUUCGGUCCAAAAGGGAGAUCUUUGCACACGGCUCUGUCCAGUGGCAGACGGCCCCCUUGAUAAAAAUCCUCAGUGUUCUGGCUGGUGUCCGAAAGGGGACCCGAGUCCGAAAUUGGGACCCCCUGAUCCGCGAGCUAGUCUCCCUUCUCAGCAUCACUGGAAAGUCGGCGGAAGACAUACGCCAAGACCAACAUGACAUUGUGUGGAACUCGAUUAUCUCCAGGGUUGCCAUUGUCUGGUACCACGCGCCCAUCGAUGUUUUGAUACCGCACAUUACGCCGCUCCUCCAAUCAUUGACCAGAGAACCGCUCCUAAAAUGGUAUAUCCCAUUUUGCGCGUAUUUCUGUGAUCUGGACCAGAACCGUUUUGGGAUCUUAUUCCGGAACAGUUUUCAGAAAUUCGUGGCAACCCACUGGUCCGAAGGGCAGAAUCAAGACGUACUACUACCCCAGGCCUGGCAAGAUCAGAUCGUGUCAAAGUUUGAGCGCCUGGAAAUCUCCCCCUUUCCGGAACGAGGUCCUUACAACAAAGAUCCCCAGCUACUUGAGAUGACUGCUGUUCAUCCUUCGACCAAUGCUCGAAUUGCCGAACUGCUGCUACGAAAGCUGAAGCUCGCCCUCCGACCGUCGUCUUCUCUGGCGUCAGAUGAGGUGCAUUUCAUUGUUAGCCAUGGAUUCCAAGCCUACCUCCGCAUGGGCAAGGCGGGCGGGCUCCUUGACACCUCCCUGAGCCCCCUGCUUCGUGCUGCAGUCCGGCGCUUUGCGCGGUCUGUUGGUUUUCUCCAGGCCUACUUGGAAUACGAGCGGCUUCGUCUUGAGGGACGUCACGAGACUGAGAAGCAAGACAGCCCUGUGAGUGAUGAGUCGGCGCCUGGCGAGGACUCUGCGACGGAAUCUCUCUUUGAAAAUCUCAGUUCCCCGUCUCAUCACAUUCGGCUAGCCUCUCUCGAGCUUCUAAAGCAAUUGGGCGACACUCAGGGACUGUCAGAGUGUGUUGGCAUCAUGAUUGAACUCGAGCAGAUUCCUCUGCGUCUUGACAACACGAGAACCAUUGCCAUGCUGCUGCGAAAGCUGGGCCAGCAAUAUUCCUCGAUCGAUUCUUCGGGGCCGAGGAUUGCUAUUCCUAGGUUCAUCUUCGGCAUGUUGACCGUCAAGCUAUCUCCGGUCUGGGACUCCGCAGUUGAAGUGCUGCAGCACAUCACUCAGACCAAGCUCGGCGAAGACGCGGUGGCGGCGAUUGCACUUGAGUGGCUGGAGAACCCCUCUGCUCGGUGGACUCCAUCUGCUCACGCGGGCGACACCACCCGCCCUCCAGUAUAUACCAACUUCGAGUGUACUGCAUUGGGCUACCUCGAGAGGUCAGCUGACGCUAUUCUGAACAUCGUUGAGAAGGCCGAUGAUAUGAUGCUGCGAAGUUUCGACGAAAAGCAACAGUUGGCCGAGCCCAUUCUCGCCAAUGCCAGAUCUCGCGCGCUUAAAGUCUUGAAUGCGAUGCCGACUAUCGCGGAGAAAAGAUCUCGCCGGCUGGUGCCACACCUUCUCUCGUGGUUGACUGACGAGGACGAAGCGCCCAGUGCUCCCGACGAAGAGGCGCCCCAAGAUCAAAGGUCGGAUUGGUCAUUGGCUGAUCGGAAGGCAAUCUUGGGAGUCUUUUCUCGAUUCGUUAAUCCAAGAGUUGUGUACCAGCAGGAUAGCGUGUAUAGAGCAUUGCUGAAACUGAUGGAAAACGGCGACGUCGAGAUCCAGAAACUCGCACUCAAAGCCAUUUUGGCUUGGAAGCAGGAGGGAGUCAAAACGUACCAGGAAAACCUCGAGUACUUGCUCGACGACGCUCGAUUCAAGGACGAAAUCGCUGUUUUUUUGCAGGGAGACAGUGUCAUCAAACCCGAGCACCGAUCUGAACUGAUGCCCGUCUUACUGCGACUUCUGUACGGCCGCACCAUCUCGAAAAAGGGGGCAGCAAGUGGCCGAAACGGUCUCCAAGCCACCCGUCUUGCCGUGCUGCGCAACCUCUCGGUGGACGACAUGGGGAGCUUUCUUGAUAUCGCUGCGGGCAAGUUGAAGGAAGUCCGCGUCACCGUUGCACCCACCCAGCGAAAGAAGUUCUUUGAAGAGGCCAUUUUAUCAGUUCGGAAACAAAUGGGUUUUCUGAACAUGAUAUCGUCCUUCAUAUCAGAACUUGGCUCAAGCGUGGAGCCCUACGUGGAGACGUUACUCAAUGCGGUUCUCUACUGCCUUGUUUACUCCUCCAGGAGGCUCAACGAAUCAUUGUCUGAUCAGGAGACCGGCUCGGAAGAAGACGACAAGAACAGAAACAACUCGCUGCUCAAGGCAACAAGAUCGCUGGGCAUCAAGUGCUUGACAGCGCUCUUCCAAAACGCGCAAAACUUUCAAUGGGAUCCUUACCACGACGUCAUUGUCGAAGAAGUCAUAGCCCCCAGACUGGACAAUCUCCCGACCGAGACGACGCAGGGCGUGUCGGGCAUGUUGCAACUGGUCUCUACCCUGUCGGUGCUCCCCAGGUCGGCCUUGCUUCUCGCGCCACACCAAAAAUGCCUCCCUCAAGGCGUUCUUCCCAAGGUCGUCGCCUGUCUCGGGGUCGAGAAAACCAAGGAUGAGGUCAAAAUCUUCGUCCUCGUACUUCUUCAGAACUUGGUCAGGCUCGCUCUUGCGCCCGCCAGCGAGUCCGAGUUCAACGAAGUCAUCAUGGCCGAGCUCCUUGAUCCAAACGCCCGGGCCAUCUUGGCCAACAUCAUGACUGUGCUGAGGACGCCGACCAUUAGCAACAGCCUACUCGAGGCAAGCGUCGAGACCAUCUUGGCACUCGCGCCCGUCCUGCAGGACCUGGACAACGCACAGGCCGUCAUCCGCAUAUCAAGCUUCCUGCUGAAACAGCCCCCACGACGCGUGAACCCGAAAAUCAAGGGCAGGAUCUUGUUGAUUGUCGAGCAGUUUGUCGCAGUAUCUGAUGCUGCCAAGGAUCUGGUUUUGUUGAGCGAGGUUUACGACACGCUGUCGUCCCUCUUCAGCUACUUCAAAGACAGGCAGAACCGGCACUCCUUGUGUCAAGCAAUGAAAGCCAUUUCUCAACAAGACGCUGAUGUAGCAGAGAUCGCCAGCCUCUGCUUGGAGCUGAACACGUUCAAAGAGGGCCGCGUCGACGAACCAGACUACGACAGGCGGCUGGCAUCGUUCAAUGCCAUUUCAACUGACCGAGAUCUCCCCUGGACGCCAAAGCAGUGGUUACCGCUCUUGCACAACUUGAUCUUUUUCAUUCGCAUGGAUGAGGAGUUUGGAAUUCUUUCAUCAAACUCGGCUGAUGGCAUACGCCGCUUCAUCAAAACGACUGCUGAUUGUCAGUCAGAGAGCUCGAAGCAGGCGUUCGAAGCAUACAUGAAGGAUAUCCUGAUGCCCUCGAUCUAUUCUGGUGCGCGCGAGUCAUCCGGAACUGUUCGGCGAGAAUAUUUGCGUGUCUUUGGAUUCCUCCUAACCGUGAUGCCCGACUGGGCCCCCGUCGCCGACCUGAGCGGUCUCAUGAGCGAACGCCAGGAGGACACCUUGGAGCCGACCUUCUUUUUCGACAUCUUGAGCCCUGCUACAUCUCGGCAGCUCGAGGCUCUUCGCACCUUGGAAGCGGCAAACUCUGCCAAGGAGAUGAGCAGCCAGAAUCUCACCCAGUUCUUCAUCCCCCUCCUGGAACACUUCAUCUUCGGGCGAGUCGACGGCAGUGACGACCACGGCCUUGGCGCUCAAGCAACAAGCACCAUUGCCAAUCUCGCCAUGUCACUCCAGUGGAGCCACUGGCGAUCUACUUUUCAUCGAUACAGUAGUUACAUAGUGUCACGUCCGGAAAUGCAGAAGCAUACCAUACGACUCCUGGGCAGGUUCUCGGAUGCUCUGGUUGACUCUCUGGACCGCCAACAACCGGAAAAUAUGGACAUGGACCAGCCAGACGUGGAUCAGCCGGACGUGGACCAGCCGGACGAGGACCAGCCGGACGAAGUCUUCUCGCCGGUCCUGCGGAGACUACGCCAAACGGCGCCCAAGACACCACAGCUUGCAAUUGAUGUCCUCGAUUACUUCCUGCCUCCUCUUGUCAAGCAUCUCCACGAAAAGGACGAAUCAGAGGUCAGUUAUCGAGUACCGGUGGGCGUGGUCAUUGUCAAGCUAUUAAAGCUGCUGCCUUCAGAACAAAUGGACCAAAAGCUUGCCGGCGUGUUGACAGAUAUCUGCCACAUCUUGCGCAGCAAGGCGUGGGAGUCUAGAGAGAUGGCUCGAGACACGUUGGUAAAGAUUGCUGUGGUUUUGGGACCGUCAUUCUUCGGAUUUAUCCUCAAGGAACUGCGAGGCGCGCUCACUCGAGGCUAUCAGUUGCACGUCCUCUCAUACACGAUGCAUUCCAUCCUCGUGGCUGUGGUGCCAACGCUUGCGCCCGGAGAUCUGGACCACUGCUUGCCUGGCAUUGUCACUGUUGUCAUGGAUGACAUUUUCGGCGUAAUUGGGCAGGAAAAGGAUGCCGAUGGCUACAUCAGCCAGAUGAAAGAAAUCAAGAGCUCCAAAAGCCAAGAUUCAAUGGAGCUGGUGGCAAAGAAUGCCUCCAUCAGCCGCCUUGUCGCGCUUGUCAGACCCCUUCAGUCACUUCUCAUGCAAAAGGUGGACUUGAAGAUGGUGCGCAAGAUCGACUCGCUGAUGGGCCGGAUAGGCUCUGGCCUUUUGCAGAAUCCUGCAGCCGAGUCUCGCGAUACAUUGGUUUUCUGCUACGAAGUCAUCCAGGAGACCUAUCGCAGCCAGCGGCCCGAAGCUGAGCAGAAGCUGGACCCCAGACUGAGGAAGUAUCUCGUGCAGAAGGGCGCAAAGAAGAGCGGAGAGCGCGGCAAAACCACGAAGCACACAUACAAACUUGUGCGCUUCGCGCUUGACAUCUUGCGGUCCAUGUUCAAGAAGCAUGAUAGCUUGCGAACUCCAUCCAGUGUCGCCGGCUUUCUCCCAAUUCUGGGUGACGCCAUCGUUGGUACCGAGGAAGAAGUCAAGAUUUCAGCCUUCCGACUCCUUGCCACCAUCGUCAAAGUCCCCUUCACCACCGACGACGGCAAGAACAUUUACAAGGUUGCCGUCAAGGAGGCAACAAAGAGCAUCUCAAUGGCGACUUCAUCCACCACAGACCUGUCUCAAGCUGCGCUGAAGAUGCUUGCAGUGGUUCUUCGGGAAAGACAAGACAUUCCAAUCAAGGACGCAGCCAUUGACAUGCUUCUCGGCAAGUUGAAGGAGGAUUUCACGGAGCCGCUCUAUCGGCAUGUCACGUUCAACUUUCUGCGGUCCGUCUUGGAUCGUCGCAUCGAGACUGCCGUAGUCUACGACACAGUUGACCAUGUUGGCACGGUGAUGAUCAGCAACGACGACAAGGACACGCGAGACCUGGCCCGUGGCGCCUUUUUCCAGUUCAUCCGGGAGUACCCUCAGAAGAAGGCGAGAUGGGGCAAGCAACUCGACUUUGUAGUGGCCAACCUCAAGUACGACCGCGAGGGUGGCCGCCUGUCCGUCAUGGAGAUUAUACACUUGCUGCUCAUGAAGUCGGCGGAUGACUUUGUUCAAGAAAUCGCAGGGACGUGCUUCUUGCCGCUGUUUUUGGUCCUCGCAAACGACGACAGCGACAAGUGCCGCCUCGCCGCCGCAGAGCUGCUCAAGAAGAUUUUCCACAAGUCGGACAAGGAGCGGACUCAAAAAUUUCUGACGCUUCUACGAUCAUGGCUGGAAAAGGAUAACAACCCGAUGGUUCAGAGGCUGGCACUACAAGUGUUUGGUUUCUAUUUCGAGUCUAAUGAGGGCUCGAUCAAGAAUACGAAGGACUUCAGGCUCGUACUGGCGAAAUGCAUGGGCAUCCUGGGAUCCAAGGUUAUUGUGGACGCGGACGAGCAGCUCGUGGAAACCACACUUGGAAUCGUCCGACACUUGACAAUGGUAUCGGGCGAUCAGACACUGUCUGCCAAUAGAGAGGAACUAUGGGCAGACGUUGCUGGCUGUCUCCGGCAUCCCGCGCCCCUUGUCAAACUGACAGCUUCGAGAUUGAUCAACACUUACCUCGUCGAUUUCGCGAAGCAGAGGCGCAGCUCUUCGAGGGGCGAAACCAUUGAGGGCUCUCACGGCCUCGUGUUGACGGUUGAUGACACAUUCAAGCUCACGCGCCUGGCUCUUGGGACGCUGAACGGGCAUGAGGUUGAUGAAACCCUGGCUACCGAACUCGUACAGAUGUUGGUUUUCCUAGGGUCUUGUCUUCCGGCCACAGAGGUCACGGUGGACGAAUUGGAGCCCGAGGAGGGCUCGGAAGACAAGGAAGAGGCCGAGGUGGAUGACUACGAUCGAAAGAAUCUGGAAUAUCUCUUUUGGCGACUAUCUGGGAUUAUCCGAAAGGAAAUCCCCCCGAGGUCGGCGGCCAUCAACUCCAAGGUGGCGGCCAUGGAGAUUCUGGAAACAGUCUGCCGCAGGGCAUCAAUUUUGCAGAUUGAACCGUCUCUGAAGACUAUUCUUACGCCGCUGCAGCAUCUGACUGACCCGUCGAUCUCGGCGCCCUUCAGCAACGACGAGGGGUUCAAGACGAAGCUCGAGGACGUCAAGACGAGAGCCCAGAUUCUCAUGGACUCGCUGCAGAAGAAGUUUGGCACGACGGCGUACAGCAAGACGCUGCUGGAGAUUCGCGAGGAAGUGAGGGCCAGGAGGAUGCAGAGGACGAGCAAGAGGAAGAUUGAGGCGGUUGCUCAUCCAGAAAAGUACGGGCAAGACAAGCGAAAGAGGUUUGAGAAGAACAAGGAGCGGCGCAAGGUGCGGUCAAGGGAGCACAAGUCGAUGCGGCAGUCUUACAAUUCGUGGUGA